GAACGGGUUCCGCCCGGGCCGGUACCGGUAGCCGGCGGGGGUUCGAAGGGCCUGAGGGCCGGUGGUCGUCCGUGUGGGGGGGGCGCGGGCACGGGAAUCGGGUCCAGGGAGAGGAGCAGGGGGGGAAGGGUCAGUUUCGAAUUCGAAUCAUUCGAAACUGCCCUCGCAUCGCCCCGCGCUCCAGCUGCUGCCAUGUCCGGCGCCCAUCGCUGUCAGGGGAGCAACGGGAGCCGUUCCAGGAGGACAUGACCUGCAGUAGGGACCACGUCGUGUGGACUUGGGUCACUCCUAGGGAGAUGCUGCCGGACAAUGCUCGUGGGUCGAGAAGGCUGCGGUACAAACUCUGCAACAAGGAGUACUCCGGUAAUAGGAAGCGUGCGUGGGAGCACUUCAUUUUGGUGAGGGCGUCUGCCAGGUGUCCACAUUCGAACCUGUCGAUUUGGAGGAGGCUGCAUGGCAUCGGUGUACAACUGCCACCGGACAUGCAUGAGAGGGUGCAGCGCGUGUUGGAGAUGAAGAAGAGUGACGAGGGGGACACUCCUGUUCUGGGUGGAGGAGAAGGGGGCGAAGGCGGGAUCGCUGAGGAUCCCGGGGAGGCACCGGGUGGGGACACCAUGGAGGUUGACAUCGGCGAGGAUGAGGGGACGAGGGGGGUUGUGACAGGCGGCCUUGCUACUGCAGGGAGGGCCAGUUCCUCGCAGGCUGUGGUGCAGGGGGCGCGCACACGUGGCCCGACGAGGCAGACAAGCAUCAGGAGGUUUGCGAAGAACCCGAGGCAGGAGGACAUGGAUGACUCCUGCUGCGAGUUCUUCGUGGAGAACGCCAUACCGUUCAACGCUGCCAGAAGCAAGAGCUUCAAGAAGUUCAUGCUGACGUGUAUCGGACCACAACCUGUGGGGAGUCAUCCACUCGUGCCUACUGGGUACAACCCCCUCAGGUGUUGCCUGCUCGAUCGUUUGAACAAGAGGUUGGUGGAUGAGGAGCAAGCGAUCCGUGACGACUGGCAGCGACUUGAGGUGUGCGAGAGGGCCAUCGUGCGUAUCGUCACCGGACACGGUUGGGAGACCAUGCUGUGGCGAGGGGAUAUUAGGGCGAAGGCCUACUUCGUGGAAAAGACAGUUCUUGACAAAGCAUUCUGGGCUGAUGUCAAGAAGCUGACUGCCGUCAUGAAGGGGCCUUAUAAUGUGUUGCGAGAGGUGGACAAAGAUGUCCACUGCUUGUCACGCAUCUAUGAUAUGGCGUGUCGGCUGCCUGGCUUCGUUUGCUCGGCCCCCCUAUCCGCGGACCAGCGAGACGACCUUCUCAAGGAUGUCGGCAACAAGACGGACAUGCUGCUCAGCCCCAUCCACGCCGUUGCACGUCUGUUGGAUCCUAUGUUGAGGGACAUUACUGUUUUCAGUAAUGUCGACCUCAUGGCACAGUUCGAGAGCGUUGUGGAGCGGCUGAUCGAGAAGAGUGGAAGCUCGAGAUUUGACGACUGCAUGGACCAGUUGUACGAGUUCCAGUUUGGGAGAGGAGUCUUCGGCACCCCGCAGGCAAAGAAACGGGCUGAGAAGGACAAUGCGGUGCUAUGGUGGGAGGCGCAUGGUGCAGGGCAUCCAAAGAUCCGAGAGCUGGCGCUGAAGGAUGGGGCCACUGUUGCAGGAGGGUGGUUGGGGCUCACAGCCGACUGGGAGGACGAGGACUUGGAGGGUGACAUGGCAAAUGUCACAGAGGCAGUUGAUGACAUUGAGGCAGCUGGUGAGGGCACAGCUUCUGCGGUGGGCAGCACAAACAUUCGCCCCGAUCCCACAGCGCCGUCCACUUCGAGAUCGACGCAGAGGUUAGUGCAGGUGGAGGAGGAGGAUGAGGAUGAGACUGAUGAGGACGAUGACGACGAUGUCCCUGACGAGGAGUGGGUGGACGAGAGAUCGGACUCAGACAGAUCAUGGACGAGGAGAGAGGGCAUGUUCCCCUAUGUUGAAGGCACACGAUCUGGAUUGAGGUCCCAGACGCGGGCGCGACCAGAGGCGCAGCAGGGGGAGCAGCAGCAGCAGGAGCAGCAGCAACAGGAGCAGGUUGAGCAGCAGCAAGAGCGGGUUGAGCAGCAGCAGCAGCAGCAGCAGGAGCAGCAACAGGAGCAGGAGCAGGAGAAGCAGCGUGGGCAAGGGGAUGAGGAGCAGCACCAGCAGCGAGGGGAUGAGGAGCAGCAGCAGCAUGAGACGGAUGAGGAGCAGCCGCAGCAGAGGGAGAAGGAGCAACAGCAACAGAGGGUGGAUCUCGCAGUCCAGCAGGAGACCGCAGUGCAGUCGUCCAGAGAUGUGCACGAGGAGGGUGAGGCAGAGGGCGAGCAGAGUCGCCGCGAGGUGCGAGGAUUUUACGGUUCUUCUCAGCGGUCGCCUCUCGUUGGGCGGCAUGGAGCACAUCCUGGUCGUGUGUGGGAUCCCCUCGCUUAUUGCGCUCCGCAAUGACAAGGGAAGGCGGCUGCUGGACGUGGGAGAGGGCGGACUCAUGUGGUUGCUCAAGGCACCGAUGGGGUUGCACGAGGCUCG